UGCCUAAAACAAAUUAUUGAAAUGAAUCAACACAAUUACGUCCGUAUUCGUGAAAUUCUGCUUCUACUUGCACCGGUCGAGUAUACUCGAAAUCAGUUGGCAGCGUUGGGACAAUCUACAGACGAUGUUGAGAAUCUUAUAGCUCCAUUAAAAGCUGAGCUUGAGAACUUACGGAACACUACUGUACGUUUUAUUGACCUAAACAUCAUGUUGUCUUACAAUCGUAAUAGGACAUUGGCUACAGUUACCGGGUCAUUCAAUCGUGGCGCUUCUGACCUCUACUGCUAUUCCAUGUUUUUCUUUGAGAUUACCAUUACGCACGUGCCUGAGUUUGGUGGCAACAGCCUUAGAAUUGGACUUGGUGAAACAAUUGAUAUAAAAUUUGUUUUGGCUUCGAAGGUGUUUAUUGAGCAUGGACGUUUUGGGGAGAUCCAACUGGACCACAAUGGAAUUGAGAAAAAUUCGACGUAUGGUCUUGCUUUUGUUUUUAGUCCCCCUGGCAUAUAUUCACGACCUACGGUCUUCUUCACAAAGAAUGCCACAAUUCUAGGUUUGAUUUAA